AUGCCAAAAAAUAAUUUUUUUUUGAGUGAUACAAUGAUGAUAGCAGAAUCUUAUGGAGGAAAAUGCCUUUCCAAAGAAUAUAUCAAUUGUGAAAUUCCAAUGCUUUGGGAAUUGGCCAAAGAACUGGCAUGCGCUAAAAAUGGAUGGUGUAUUUUUGAGAAUUACGUUAAUAUUAACUCACCUCUUUUAUGGAAAUGUGAAAAUAGUCAUUGGUUUCUCCUUUCUCUUUCAAAUGUCAAAAAUGGAAAAAAUUGGUGUCAUGAGUGUAUAAAACUUGGACUUGAAUUUGCCCAGAAUCUUGCAAAUAAAAGGGGUGGGACAUGUCUUUCUAGUUCUUAUCAUAACAGACGUACUCUGCUAUCUUGGAAAUGUUCUAAAGGACAUUCAUGGUUUGCUCGAAUCGAUAGUAUUCAAAGAGGGACUUGGUGCCCACAUUGUGUAGGUAAGUCUGAGAAACUUGACAUUGAAUAUACGAAAGAAUUAGCACGUAGCAGAAAUGGAGAGUGUUUAUCCGAUAACAAGAACUAUUGGUGUCCAUAUUGCGCUAGCACAAAACUUGAUAUUUCGGUAGCCAAAGCUAUUGCAUAUAGUCGAGGAGAGAAAUGCUUAACGGAUUCUUAUACCAAUUGCAAAAGCCAGUUACUCUGGAGAUGCAAUAAAAACCAUCAAUGA